AUGGCAUUCCUAAUUCCAGACAAGAUUCUGGACACUCUUAUUUGUGAUAUUUGCAAUAAAUAUUUAUCUGUUCAGCCUGUGAAGGUCUACCCGAAUCGACGAAUAAAAUGUGGUAGAUGUGUGAGAAACAAAAAACAAGGGGAUGGUGUCAUAUCCCUGUUUGGCCUCAUUGCUGAUGAAUGCCUAUUCAAGUGCAUCAACCGAUUUGAUGGUUGCAGAGAAAUCCUUCUUUAUUCACAAGUGAAGGAUCAUGAGAGGACAUGUAUUAGUAAGCUAUACAUGUGCCCUAUUUGCCCAGAGCCCAAUGAAUUGCCUUCCUUGUUGUUAGAACAACAUUUUCAUAAGAAGCAUGAACAAUAUGUUUUGAAGUACCCAGUGUUUUUUCCCAACCUGAAUGCUUUGUCAGAAUCAUCAGAGGUGUUCCUCUAUAGUCUAGAGGACUCAUUAUUUUUUGUCUAUUUCAUAUACAGCCAUUCAGAAGACAACAUGCGUUUUAAUAUAAGUUUUCUAGGAAAUUGUGAACAAGCUGGUAGUGUUAUUCAACAGUUCUGGAUAUCUGAUAAUGAGGCUGUUGAAAUUUCAACUGAAAAAAGACCUUGUACCUGCUUUGAAAUGGAAAAUGACUGGUUCUGUGUCAAAUUAUCAAAUAUGGGUAACAAUAAGUCAAUUGUAGUAAAAUUUGAUUUGAAGAUCACUGAUCCACAAUUUUGGAGGAUACCAUGUGGAGCUAUUCAAUCCAAUGAACACUCAAAUGAGAUAGCUACUCUUGGACCAAGUUUAGAUGUGGGUCUUUCCAUGGAUACGUCCAUGGGUCUUUCAUUCAAACCCAUGGUGGGCCCAUUUAAGCCCAGAAAAAUUUAUUUAACUACUAAUUUGUAUAGAGUUCAUGAUAUUUCUCCAAGUCCUUCUGCUACUGCCAUCAUAGAUUUGGGUAGGUUGAUAUUUCUCCAAUGUAUAAACUGCCUUGAAAUUUGUUAUGUAGUUCAUGAUACAUUUUAUAUCUGUGAUGCUGGUGAACAACAUUCCCUUUGUUAUUUUUGCUUCCAAUUUUUGAAUCAUUGUAAAUUCAUAAGGGAAGUGAACUAUAUUCAAAAAAAAAUUGUUCCUGAUAUAAUGAGUGAUAUUAAGUUUGCAUGUAAAUGGGGUUGUGGACGAAUGUUUUCUGUUCAGAGUGUUCAUCGAAGAUAUGGUGUUCCGACCCAAUUUAUUGACCAUUUAAGUCAUGAGGAAACUUGCAAAUUCCAGAAAUGUCAUUCUUGUCCUUUGCCAACAUGUCAGUUCCAAGGAACCUUGUUGGACUUUAAAGACCAUUUUAGUUCUGGAAAACACAAUGCAGUGCUCUUCUUCCCUUUACACUAUUACUAUGGCACUUUGAUAAGGGAUAUAAUUCUUUUUGUAAAUAAUCAUUUUAUAUUAAUUGGUGUUAACAGGUGUGCAAAUGUAAUGCAAAUUGUUAUCAACAAUAUAAACUCGGGUGAUGAUAAUAACAUCAAAAUUAUAGCUUUAAUAUUUGAUAAUGAAAAACAUUUUUUGAAAGAUUUUGUUAACAAAGUCAACUUUAGGCAUAGUAACAAUUCAUAUUAUUUGAAAAUUAUUGUCCUAGGUUAA